AUGCAUGCAGUACAUUGUGGUAGUAAUGGAGGCGACCGGGAUCGAUACCCGCCAGGCGUAGACCGCUACCCGGAUGACGACCGGUACCCAGAUGACGACCGGUAUGGCGACCGUCGGCCAGAUAGGUACCCAGACGACCGCUACCCAUCUGGCCCUGACGACCGCUACCCCGACGACAGAUACCCACCUGGCGUUGGAUCAGACCGCUACCCGUCUGACAGAUAUCCUCCUGGAGUUGCAGACCGAUACCCAGCUGACAGAUAUCCACCGGGUAUUGAUCGCUACCCUCCUGGUGUUGAUCGGUAUCCAUCUGGUCCUGACCGAUACCCAAUUGGUCCUGAUCGAUACCCGAUUGGCGCAGACCGAUACCCAGCGGGAGUUGACCGAUAUCCUCCUGGUGCUGACAGAUACCCACCUGGAGUUGGGCUAGGAGUCGAUAGAUACCCUUCAAGCAGUGGAAGAUAUCCCCUCCCUAGUGGUGACCGUUAUCCAGUUGACAAUGGGCGAUACCCACUCUAUGACUAUCCUACUAACGACAUCGGAAGGUAUCCAGUUGACCGAUAUCCUAUUAGCCGAUACCCUAUUGACGUUUACCCUGAAAGGUUCCCACAAGACAGAUACCCUGAACGAUUCCCUGUACGAGGCAGUGGCCGAUACCCGACUAGACCGGGGUGGGGCUCCAGCCGCUAUCCUGAUAGGUUGGAUCAGGACAGAUACCCUGGAACUAACGAUUGGGGACGGUACCCGUUCAGUCGCUACCCAGUUGGGGUGAAUAGAGACCCUGUGCCUCUGGGCGGGGACCGUUACCCAGAUUUGUAUAACAAAUAUCCGCCGACCGGAUCAUCAUACCCCGGCUACGGACGUGGGGGCUACUAUGGACCCGAUUAUGCUGGGCCCGAUCGAUUCCCUGACAGAGGUAUCAGACCAGGCACAGACAGAUAUCCAGUGGAACCCAGACCCAGUUUUGGUUUAAGAAGACCUAUUGAAAGGCCAAACGGUUAUCGCGGUUCCUAUCCACCACCCGGGCCAGUAGAACGCCCUAUAAGUGGACCAGUUUACGGUGGCGGUGGACCUUCAUAUGGUAGUGGACCAGUUUAUGAACCUGAUGGCCCUAUUGGCCCAGUAGGACCACCAAUUAAUGGUCUUGGUGGACCAAUUAAUGGUCCAGUUGGUGGUCCAAUAGCCGGACCUAUUGGAGGUCCAAUUGGAGGCCCUAUUGGAAACGGUAUAGGUAGACCACCAAUUGGUCAACGGCCAUGGCAAGGAUCACGAUGUGAAGAAGACAGUUUCAGACAAGUGGGUAGACAACGCAUGCAGAGACGAUAUGUUCGACGAUUCACUACUGCUCAGUCACUGGCUCAUUGCCAACGAGAAUGCAUAGAGGCCAGAGACUUUAUCUGUCGGUCAUUCAACUACCGGGGUAUAGAUGGCGCGUACGCUGGGGAACCUCGUGAUAAUUGUGAGCUGAGUGAUCGAGACACUAGGGAGCUUGACGCUGCUAAUCCGGCGCAUUUCGAUAAUACAGCUAAUGAAUAUGAUUUCUACGAACGAGCUCUCGGCAGGAUGGCUGAUGAUUGCUUGGAUGUAUCUCAAGUCUGUAACGAAGAUGGAAUGGAGUUCACUCUUCGACUUCCCGAAGGUUUCUAUGGUCGAAUGUAUACUUAUGGCUUUUAUGAUCGGUGUUUCUUCCGCGGAAAUGGCGGAGUAGUCAACGUUUUGCGUAUCACUGGAGCUCAUGGGUAUCCCGAAUGUGGAACACAGAGGUACGGAGAUACGAUGACGAACAUCGUAGUGGUCCAAUUCAGUGACAACGUGCAAACUUCUCGCGACAAGCGUUUCAACUUGACUUGCCUGUUUCGAGGCCCAGCAGAGGCUGUAGUCACAUCCAAUUACAUCGGCGCCGGGUCUGGUAGUCCGAUCCCUAUCGAAUAUCUGCCUGAAGAGAGCUCUUUGAACUCCAAAGUCCGUCUGAUGAUCCUGUAUCAAGGCAGACCAACGACUACCAUUGCUGUUGGAGAUCCAUUAACGUUCAGAUUGGAAGCUCAGGACGGAUACAACUACGCAACGGAUAUAUUUGCCACAAAUGUCAUCGCUAGAGAUCCUUAUUCUGGACGAUCGGUGCAGCUAAUUGAUCGUGUUGGAUGUCCUGUAGAUCCUGACGUAUUCCCUGAAUUGGACAAGGGUCGCAACGGAGAUUCUUUGGAAGCGAGAUUCAACGCUUUCAAGAUCCCAGAAUCGAACUUCUUAGUUUUCGAAGCGACAGUGCGUACGUGCCGCGAUGGAUGUCAGCCGGCGUAUUGUCCAAGCCACACGGGACGAUCGGAGCCAUCAUUUGGAAGGCGUCGAAGGGACGUGAACUCUACACUUGGUGUUGAUGGCAAUAACACAGCCGUAGUUAAGUCCACAGACAGUAAUGACACAAAGACAGACAAACAAGACGAUAAAAAUGCAGGCACUGUGUACAAAGUAUCGUAUGAAGAGGCUACCGUUGAUAAAUAUCUCAAGGACGAGGUCGAGACCCCAAGUCAUGUGAGGAAGAUGAUUGAGGUAUUUGACAACCGAAACGAGUUACUGGAAGAGAAUGGUGAGAGUGACUCCUCGCCCGUAGUCGCCGCUGCUGGCAUCUGUGUUCCACCGUAUCAUUAUAGGGCUCUGCUAGUGGCCCUCUGUGUUUUGCUGUCUUUGCUACUCGCCAUGCUCACCGCUGCCUUGUAUAUCUAUAGACGUUAUUGGCGAGUGCUGCGAAAGAAUAUUCAAGCGUCGUCACCUGCGCCUGCGCUGCGGCCAGUGACCCCUGGACCUAGGCCUACAAGACCGUCGCUUUUCUCCGCCUCGCAUUUGCAUAAACCAUUCUCAUUAAGUGGCUUGGGAAGAACAUUCGCUGAAGUAGGCGAUGAAGCUGGUUCCUCGGGACGCUUGGCAAGUGCAUUCGACGACGGUAGCGAGCCUAUUUACACCGAUCCGUCCCUGUUCGAGCGGUCCCGGUCUCUACGCUCCCUUCACUCAUUGGACAUGAAGCCCGACAGACGUGACCACCGCGCGUAACUUCGACAAGUCAACGCCUAAUUCUAACACAUAUUUUUACAAAAAUAUAAUAUCUAACUCAAAAAAUUAAUGACGAAACUUCCUUGAAAGUGUAUUUCGACUUAUAAAUGUAACAUAAAAUGCCAUAAAUGCUCAGUCUUAUUCCGUCCAAAAUGAUACUAUGCAGUUAUGAAAGUACAAUAUUUUGUUUUAACAUUUUUUAUGUGUAUUAAUUUGAAACUUACUGUAAGUUGCUACUAAUAAAU